AUGGGUGGUAAUUCUCAUUCCCCUUGUGCUUCAUGCAAGCUCCUUAGACGCCGUUGUGCUAAGGACUGUAUCUUUGCUCCUUAUUUCCCUUCCCAUGAUCCUCAAAAGUUUGCUAUAGUUCACAAGGUUUUUGGUGCCAGCAACGUCAGCAAAAUACUCCAGGAACUUCCUGUUGAACAAAGAACCGAUGCAGUAAGCAGUUUAGUGUAUGAAGCACAUGCAAGAGUGAAAGAUCCUGUUUAUGGUUGUGUUGGAGCCAUAUCUUAUCUUCAAAACCAAGUUUCUGAGCUUCAAAUGCAGCUUGCAGUUGCACAAGCAGAGAUAGUCUGCAUCCAGAUGCAACAUCAUGAUAAUGAGCCUGUAAUGCAAAUUCCAGAAACGGGAAUGGCCCUUGAUCAUAACUUUCCUUCUUCAAGCUAUGUAAUUCAUCAUGAUUCAAGAGAGAGUGUUUUUGAAUUUUGAUUAUGAUGUCAUUCUUGAAUGAAAA